CCAUAUUGUGGGCGUGCCUUGGUUCUCCAUAAAGCCGGAGUGCGGCGUGGGAUGGGGUGUGCUGUAUCGCAUUAGCUUUGUUCUUCUGUCUGGCCACUCACCCCUUGCUAUAACUAGCCAUGGCUGAUGAUGAGAUUGCCGCGCUGGUAGUGGACAAUGGCUCCGGGAUGUGCAAGGCUGGCUUUGCAGGGGAUGAUGCCCCCAGGGCUGUGUUCCCCUCCAUCGUGGGACGGCCUCGACACCAGGGUGUGAUGGUGGGAAUGGGCCAGAAAGACAACUAUGUUGGGGAUGAAGCCCAGAGCAAGAGGGGCAUCCUGACCCUGAAAUACCCAAUUGAACACGGGAUUGUGACCAACUGGGAUGACAUGGAGAAGAUCUGGCACCACACCUUCUACAACGAGCUGCGAGUGGCCCCAGAGGAGCACCCUGUCCUCCUCACAGAGGCUCCACUCAAUCCCAAAGCCAACCGGGAGAAGAUGACCCAGAUCAUGUUUGAGACCUUCAACACCCCAGCCAUGUACGUUGCCAUUCAAGCUGUGCUGUCCUUGUAUGCCUCUGGCCGCACCACUGGCAUUGUGAUGGACUCUGGGGAUGGUGUGAGUCACACUGUGCCCAUCUACGAAGGCUACGCCUUGCCACACGCCAUCCUGCGUCUGGACCUGGCUGGCCGGGAUCUCACUGACUACUUGAUGAAGAUCCUGACCGAGCGUGGGUACUCCUUGACAACCACGGCCGAGAGGGAGAUUGUCCGUGACAUCAAGGAGAAGCUUGGCUAUGUGGCCCUUGAUUUUGAAUCUGAGAUGCAGACAGCCAGCUCCUCCUCAUCCUUGGAGAAAAGCUACGAGCUCCCUGACGGCCAAGUUAUCACCAUCGGCAAUGAGCGUUUCAGGUGUCCAGAAACCCUCUUCCAACCCUCCUUCAUUGGGAUGGAAUCUACUGGAAUCCAUGAGACCUGUUAUAACAGCAUCAUGAAGUGUGAUGUGGACAUCAGGAAGGAUCUGUACGCCAACACUGUCCUGUCUGGUGGAACCACCAUGUUCCCAGGGAUCGCUGACCGGAUGCAGAAGGAAAUCACAGCCUUGGCUCCAAGCACCAUGAAGAUUAAGAUCAUUGCUCCACCAGAGAGGAAGUAUUCAGUGUGGAUCGGAGGUUCCAUCCUGGCUUCUCUCUCCACCUUCCAGCAAAUGUGGAUCAGUAAGCAGGAGUAUGAUGAGUCUGGUCCCUCUAUUGUCCAUCGCAAGUGCUUCUAAUUCACUGGAGAUUGGAACUGAUUUGAACCUUGAUUUAAAUUAAGAUUGAAAUGUCUUUCAUUGUCAUUUUUCCAAAUGUUGCCUGCUCUGUUAAGCUGAGUUUUGUUUUGGGCUUUUGUGGUUAUGAUGUAAGUUUUGUUGACUACUGUCUCCGGUUUAAGAAUGGUUGAGAAUCAAAUUACACUCGAUAAUCCUGCAAUAUUUAAAUUGGGAAGCUUGGGAGAAACAUUUAAUUUGAGAUUUCUGGCUACUAGAUAGUGGCCAUUACAGAGAACCAAUGAGUGAAUUUAAGGACAAAUGUCCUCUAGUUUGCGCUCUCCUUCCUGGUGUCCAAUUGUAGAUUGCAAGUGACAUUGUUUCAUUCCCUAAUUUAUGAUUGUGCUCCAGGCAACACAUAAUUGCCCAUGGAGUUUUGGUUUUCUGAAUGAGAAUUCUACUGAAAGCGUUCAUUUCUGGAAACAUUUAACUGUUACAAGUUGUUAUUGCAGAACGUUGAAUAAAUGCAUUUGGACAACAA